GAGGUGCAGUUUGCCUCUGCGUUGCCACGUUUCACUAAAUGAUGUCAUCUCUCCGGUCAGACCCGGGGCUGAGCUGAGCUCGACCCUCCGCUGCUGCAGUAAGAUCGGAAGCUGAACCGGGCCAGCACGCGACUCAUCUCCUCCCAGCCGCGGCUUCCUUCAGCCGAACCACCCCGCCAAACAACCACCGACACGUCUGCGCGACACACCUCGAACCAGAUCAGGCAUUUGGCUCUGUCUACCCUCCUCCUCCUCCCCGAACAGCUGGCUGAUGUUAGCCGUUUCCUGGUUCAAGCUGCGGCCAUUUUGGAUUUUUCUCUGAGAAAACAGGCAGCCGGAUCGCGCUUCGGGGAGCGGUACAAAGCUGGUCGUCGCCCCCGUUUUUUCUCCCCAAGUAGACAGCGCUGGUUGUGUGCGGACGGCGACGCUACGAGUCGACCAUGAAUCCUGAAUAUGACUAUUUAUUCAAACUGCUCCUGAUCGGUGACUCUGGUGUUGGGAAGUCUUGCCUCCUCCUCCGAUUUGCGGAUGACACAUACACAGAAAGCUACAUUAGCACUAUCGGUGUGGACUUCAAAAUCCGAACCAUAGAACUAGAUGGGAAGACCAUCAAACUUCAGAUCUGGGACACGGCGGGACAGGAGCGGUUUCGCACCAUCACAUCCAGCUACUACAGAGGCGCUCAUGGCAUCAUUGUGGUCUACGACGUCACAGACCAGGAGUCCUUCAACAAUGUCAAGCAGUGGCUACAGGAGAUUGACCGCUACGCCAGUGAAAAUGUCAACAAGUUGCUGGUUGGGAACAAGUGCGACCUGACAACGAAGAAGGUGGUGGAUUACACAACAGCCAAGGAGUUUGCAGACUCUCUGGUAAUCCCCUUCUUGGAAACCAGCGCCAAAAACGCCACCAACGUGGAGCAGGCCUUUAUGACCAUGGCCGCUGAGAUCAAGAAGAGGAUGGGCCCUGGAGCCACGGCCGGAGGGGGCGAUAAGCCCAACUUGAACCUGGGUCCAGGAACUACUGUUAAGCCUUCUUCAGGAGGCUGCUGCUGAGACACGAACCACCAGUCCCUGUCUCCACCCUCCCCCCUUAACUCUGCAGGGCCCCUCCAAACCCCACUGUGUCCCCCAAAAGCCCCACUACAGCAGACAGGACAGGGAAGACUUGAUUUGUGUGUGUGAGAGAGAACAAGAAGUUUAUACUGUACAUACUGCAGCCACUCUACCAAAAACACCAGAAGAAUCUGUCUCGUCUGACCAUCCUGUUGCUGCUAGGCGAUGAUUCGACCGACGCCCGUCUCGGACCCGUCAGAGACUCUCUCACUCGGCCCUGUGGAUCCAGCUUCAUGAGAACACUGUGUGCAUGUGUCUGAGUGUGUGUGCGUGAGCGUGGGUGUGUGGUUGUUUGUGCAUUCCUGCAGCAGGGUUGCUAAACCAAUCGCUUUCAUUAAGGUUUCUCUUCGUUCUUUUUUCUGUGAUCCUUUGCUGUCGUUUCUUUCUCUUUUUUUUUUUCUUUUCUUUUUUUUUUCAGCAUGUCUCUGUCUGUCUCCGUCUGAAGGUGGUUUUUACUUUUUCACAUCAACCUCUGCAGCAGCGUCAUCUCAGAUCUUCUAAAGUCCAGUGCAACAACAGUAUAUGUACAUAAGCAUUAUGUAUAUAUAUGUAUAAUUGAGUCGGCCGGUUCUCUUGUGUUCCAUGCAUUGCUGAACCGGUCUUUAUCUCUGCAUUCAAUUUGUGGCUGAAGACAACUGUACGUUUCUUGCUCAACAUGUAACACUUAAACAGAAAAUAAAUAUUGUACUACCAUACUGUA